CUCUCAUGUUGAAUCCUCCAUCGCCAAGGCGUCGGAUCAAUCAAUCUUUGGUCAAGUCUGCUUGCCUCUGAUGCUCCAUGAUGGGGUUGCAAUGAUACGCAACCCAUGACGAAUCUGGAUCUAUGCAGGCUCACACCAACCGCACACUGCGCAUCAUCGCGGCGGUUCUAACAUUCAGUCUCAUAGUUUUAGCGCUGUACUGGCCCAGCGUUCUAAGCUUUCGCAUCGAUAGACUCAGUCAAGAGCAACAUGAAUCACAAGCGCUAUCAAAGCAACCAAGUUCCGCGGAGCAGGACAAUCACUCACGAAGGCCAUGCGAAGGCAUCAGGGGCACUCUCAUCGAUGAUGAUAAUCACGUAGAUCUGCCGAAGUCGCUUCGCGAGCUGCCUGGAAUCCAUUAUCCCAAGCCCACGUUCGGUUCCUACGAAGCACUACGGUUGAGCCAGGAAUGGACGACAUUUGAGCGACGCUAUGGACCAUACGGCUACAGCACAACGGACGGACAACAACACGCUAAUUCCAUCUGGAGUGGUGUCGACUGGGGCGCACUACAAGACAAAUGCUUCGACGUAAACCGUGCCAGAUUCCAGGCUGGGGUUUUGCAGCAGCGACCUGAACCGCGUUUUCGCCAUUUCGACCCCACUGAGCCUGAUGAGCCACGACGUCCUCACCAAACUGGCAGGCAAGCCAUCAUUCUGCGUACGUUGAGCACCUACAAGUACUAUCCCGAAGACCUCUGGAACCUACGCUCAAUCAUCACGGAGACCGCCCUAGCCACGAAUGGAGACUAUCAAGUCUUCUUACUCGUGGACCUCAAAUGCGGUGAUGCAUGUGCAGAUGUAUUCACAAACAAUACUCUAUACAACGAAGUCCUUCAGGACUCCGUGCCCCCCGAGUUCCGCAGCAUUGCAGUCCUCGUGCACGAAAAUCUGCAGCGAAGCUGGUACCCCAAAGUAGGACAGUACUGGCCCUAUUUUCAAAUCAUGCAACCACUACAGUUAUUCGCGCAUUUCUAUCCAGAAUUUGAUCACUACUGGCAGUUUGAGAUGGACACACGAUUUACAGGAAAUGUCGGGAGAAUGUUGCAAGCAUUUGACGCUUUCGGCAGGGUACAGCCAUAUAAACAAGCACGAGAACGAGCAUCGUGGAUGUAUAUGGAGAGUGUGCAUGGAUCGUAUGAGGAUUUUUCAAAGAAAGUGAACAAGUCAUUGAAAGGAGGUGCAACAAUCUGGGGCGCUGAUGGGAUUAAGAGUGUUGAGCCGAUCGGGCCACUCGUACCUCCGAGCCCCAAGGAUGAUGAUUUUCAGUUCGGAGUCGGCCAUGACGCGGAUUUGUUGCUCUUAGGACAGCUCAACGAUGUUCGCCUGGUCGAGAGACUGAAGGACUGGGUAUUCAGAAAUUGGUCAAUGGAGUCAAUGGAGAAGGAUACGCCUAUCUAUAUGUCGACGCCAGCUCAGGCAAGGGCGUCGUAUGACCUCCUAGAGGCUAUUCAUCGCUCACAACACAAAGAUGGUCUUCGAGUUGCCAGCGAGGCAAUUCUCCCCUCCUGGGCACUCUGGCUUGGUCUCAAAGUGGCUGGCUUGCCGAUACCGAGAUCUCAGUAUCCAGAAGGAGACCAUCACGAGUUGAGCGAUAUUUUCAAUGGCGGUCUACCAGAACAGUCCAGCGAUGGCAUAGCGCGAGGACCUGGUGUAUACCGCGCUGCUUCUUACGCGCCGAAAACAAGACCGCUCACGUUCGACUGGUGGUCUUCUUUAUGCGAUCCGAUCUUCGAACAUUGGAUGGGACAAUACGAACCCAAGGAUCAGCAGCAAGAUGUCGAGCAUCCGGAGAAUGUUGUUGUGCCUAACGAAAUGCCGUGGUUCAUGAAAGAGGUGGAUGGCAAGAUUUACAUGCCAGAAAUGAUUUUACAUCCCAGAAAGACCAAUAGAGACUUAUAGACUUCCGCUAUUGCUUUUAUUUGUGGAUGAAUUGUGCGUCUCACUAUGCUGGAGGUCGAUAGCCGUAAAUGUAGCAGUUUGCUGGGCUGGGGUCGUCUUCAUCAUGCUGGGAGCUAUGGUUGUCUCGCAUCACCUCGUAUUGGAAUGCUGCUUCAAUGCCGCAGCAGCAUUGAGCUGCGUUUGUGUCAGGCUCGGCUUUCACAGUCGCGCGCCGCUGCAGAAGACGAGGGAGCUCUCCCAAUCCAAUGUCGCAUGAUAUCAGGCAGUGAAGCUGCGCUGGAGGGUCGCAGGAAGCACGUACU